AUGUAUGCCAUUUUCUGAGUUUGAGCAUGGUGGAACCGAAAUGUCCAACGCUCAAAGCCACCAUAACACGCUUAAUCGAAGAGUUCAAGGUUCUGAAAGAGCUUAAACAAAUACAUGCCCAUAUCAUAAUUUCUCCAAAGCUAUCCAAAGCCCAUCGAGAUUUUCUCACUACUCGCCUCCUCUUCGCUUCUGCUUUCUCAGAAUCCGGCUCUCUUUGCUUUGCAACCAGGGUUUUCAAAUUCAUUCAGAACCCAACACUCUCCGUAUAUAACAUCAUGAUUAGAGCUUACGCUUCAAAGACCCGCGACUCAGAUAAUACCCACAAUUUUGAACCUUUACUUCUCUUCAAACAAAUGCUUUUCAGUGGCAUUUCGCCGGAUUGCAUUACGUUUCCUUUUGUUAUAAAGGAAUGCGCCGGUAGGCUUGAUAGCCGUGUAGGGUGUAGCAUUCAUGGGGAAGCUGUUAAAUUUGGAUGGUUUUGUGACGUUUACGUUCAAAAUUCGUUGGUAAGCUUUUAUUCUGAAUGUGGGUUUUUAAACAGUGCCAGGAAGUUGUUUGAUGAAAUGCCGAAGAGGGAUGUUGUUUCGUGGAAUUCCAUAAUUAUUGGAUACUUGAGAGGUGGGAAUCUUGACAUGGCAUUGGAGUUGUUUAGACGUAUGGAAAAGAGGAAUAUCAUCUCUUGGAAUUCGAUGAUAACCGGUUUCGUUCAAGGUAGGAGGGGCAAAGAGGCCUUACAAUUGUUCCAUGAAAUGCAGAAUUCAAGUAAUGAUAAUGUUAAACCGGAUAAAAUCACAAUGGCGAGUGUACUUUCAGCUUGCGCUUACCUUGGUGCAAUUGCUCAUGGGAAAUGGAUACAUGGUUACUUAAGCAGAAGUGUCGAAUGCGAUGUGGUGGUUGGAACAGCAUUAGUUGAUAUGUAUGGUAAAUGUGGUAGUGUGGAGAGGGCAUAUGAGGUCUUUAAAGAGAUGCCUAAAAGGGAUACCUUGGCAUGGACUGCUAUGAUUUCUGCAUUUGCACAGCAUGGUUAUAGUAAGGAGGCUUUCAGCACCUUCGAGGAGAUGGAAGCCAUGGGAGUGAAGCCUAACCAUGUCACAUUUCUCGGGUUAUUGUCAGCUUGUGCUCAUUCCGGCAUGGUAGAGGAAGGUCGCUGGUGUUUCAAUAUGAUGAAACGUGUUUAUUCAAUAGAACCCCAAAUUCACCACUACGCUUCCAUGGUUGACGUCCUCAGUCGAGCCGGGCUAUUCGAAGAGGUAGAAGAGCUUAUCAGAAGCAUGCAAAUGGAGCCGGAUGUGUUUGUUUGGGGAGCAUUACUCGGAGGCUGUCAGAUUCAUGGGAAUUUAGAAUUGGGAGAAAGGAUAGCAAAGUAUUUGAUCAAUUUGGAGCCGAUGAACCAUACUUUUUAUAUCAACUUAUGUGAUAUAUAUGCCAAAUCUGGUAGAUUUGAUGACGUGAAGAGAAUGAGAGCCUUGAUGAAAGCAAGAGGAAUAAGAAAAGAAGUUGCAGGUUGUAGCCUGAUUGAAGUUGAUGGGCUCGUUCUCGAGUUCUCGGUUGAAGGAUGCCCUGUGCCCGUGAUGGAUGAGAUAGUGGUGGUCUUAAAUUUAUUUAAGAAUGAGAUGAAGGGUGAAAGUACCCUGCAUUACUAUUAUGGGAUAUUGUUGGAUUCAAAUAAUUGAUGACCAUUUGUGGAUUAUUAUUGGCUUUCUCCUC